CCCCUUUUUGUCUUAUUGUAAUUUUAUUUAAGCCUGUUGGUCUCAUAUUUGGCUCUUUUCAAAUAAAGUCCCCAACAGGCAUAUCUACAAAGCUAAUGCACAUAAAGAAACAGACACCAUUGUGGGAAGGUGAAGAGAUCGAGGCCAUGGCAGAAUAUAAAGACUCUAAAGAAUACUCUGCUUCCUCCCAAUAUCAUCAGGCUACUUCUGAGGGUAGCAAAUAUGGAGUCCUGAUGCCUAAAAAGCCCUUGAUCUCCAAGGACAAUGAAAGGGCCUUCUUUGAUUCUGCUGACUGGGCUUUGUACAAGCAAGGUGCCGGAGUGAACCAGAAGUCAACAGUGGCUAUAGAAACAUUGCGUCCAAAGCUACAGAGAACACCUCAUCAGCAACUGCCGCCUCGAAGACCAGCUUGUACAUCUGGAAGCUAGGGACAACCUCGUACGUGAUCGAGCUCCUAAACGCUAAUCUGUGUGCUCUGCUUUUUGGUGAAACUUAUUUGAGAUUCGGUGAAUAUAUAUGUGUGUGCAUGGUUCUUGAUCUGUAUGUACUAUCUUUCCAAACGCUAGAUACAACAAGAAUUCACAAAUCAAUCAAUCCACCAUUUGCCUA